UUUGACAAUUAGACAACACUGAAUACACAACGUUGCCUAGCAACCUUUUGUGUUUGUUUAGCUUCACUUUAAUAUUUUAAUGACUCGAAUUAGACGCAUUGCAUUUUAAAUGGAUUUAAUAAAAGAAAUAAAUGAAAAGUAUCAAGCACUGGAGGCUGAGAUUGAUAAGAAACUGGAAAAGGUGCAAGCUGAGGAACUAAAACUAGAACGUCAAAGCGAAAAAUUGGCAGAGAAAGCAAUAUCCACACAGUCGCCCAAAGUUUUAUCCUACGAAGAAGCAUUACAGAGAAAUGCGAAUACCCUAAAGUCAUUAGAAAUAGCAAAGGCCCGUUUACGCUCACGUUCUACGUAUUCGCCUGUCGAAAAGCUGCUACAGCGUGCUCUAGAGAACUAUAAAAACGAACUGGCGAGCCUCAAUAAACAAGAGCACAAAAGCACAGGCAACAGCAAACCAAAGAAACAGGAGCUAUCCGGCCAAGUAAAUGUGGGCGACGAUGACGCUAAGGAGGAGGAAAAUCUAUAUGACCUGAUUAUGCAUGAUGUGUUGGAGGCCAGCAGCAAAAGCUACACAGCAACUGGCGAAAGUCGUCGCAAUUGACAAAUUCAUGGAAUUCUACUAGUCAAGGCAAGACGUGUCGCUCGAACAACUGGA